GCAUACACAGUUUAUCAUCAGGUCUUCAAAGAUGGCGGGAGACUUGGGGAAAAUCAGUCUUCCCGAUGAUCAACCUCUGGAAGAGUUGCUUGCGAAACAUACCGUACCAGAAUUGCAACAGGAACUUAAAAGAAGGGGCCUUAAAAGGUCUGGAGUAAAGGCGAAGCUUAUUCAAAGGUUGAAAGAGGCUAUUGAGAGUGAAAAAGCUGAUGCAGAAAAUGAAAAUGAUGAGACAGAGGACAACAAUGAAUCCCAAGCAUUGAAUGAUAGCCAUGCUAGUGAUCAGGGAACUGUUGGUGUUAGUGAUGCAUCUAGCUUUCACGAUCCAUAUACUGACUUUGAAAGAAGCAUACCAGGAGUGAUUGAUGAUGUUGACCAGGAGGUUGAUGCUAAAACUGAUGUGGCCAAAUAUCAAGAGGACACUGAUGUACAUGCAGAGAAAGUGCCUGAAGAAGGAGAUGAUGCUGAUAUCAGCGUAACACAAAGAGCCAACUUUGGAGGUGAAGAAGAGUCUCAAACACAAGGAGCUGAGGAAAAAUCUUUUAAUGAAAUGCCAGUUGAAGAUCAGCCAGACUCUGUUCCUGUGCACGAACUUUCUCAUGAGCAGGGCGAUACUUCAAACAGAGCAGAGUGUGAAGACCAAGGAGACAUAUAUGAUGAAUCUGAGAAUGUGGAGGAGUGCUUAGGCGGAGAUGUUGAAAAUCCAACAGUGCCUGAAUCACAAUUUUCUAAAGAAGAAGAAGAAGAAGAAGAAGAAGAUGAGAAUGAAGAUCUGCAAGUGGAAAUCGAGGAAAGUGACAAACUGGAAGAUAGUAUGACAGUUGAAGAAGCUGAAGAAAAAAUAGCAGAAGAAAGGAUGGUGCUGGAAGAUAAUUCAGAAAUGGAAACAGGUGAAGAAGGGAGUAAGGAAAACAAAGAAACUGAUGCUUUUGAGGCAGAGGAAAGUCAUAUUAUGGAAAAUAAGGAAGAUGAUGAAAAUACACGCAAUGAGGAUGCAGAGGAGACUAAGGAAAUCGAUGAUAAUCACAAAGAGGAUAUCCAAAAAGGAGUGGCUGUUGAAUUACAGGAAAUAAAGCAACCAAAGAAACAAAUUACACCUGUCCAGCUAAAGAAGAGAAAACUCGUCCCAGCUGCAGAAGAUGGAUCCUCUUCUAAACAGGAAACUGCAGUUCCAAGAAAACGAAGAUGGGGUUCAAGCGCCAACAAAGAGUCUGUUAUAAUAAGCACUGAUUCACUUAAGGAAAUAAUACCAGAAGUUUCAAUAAUACCGUCUGUGAAUGAUGACCCCUUAGGACUCGGUCUUGAUUACGGGGAGAUGGAAGAAGGAGAAAUCGAUGAAACAGUGGACCACCCGUCACAACCGCUUGAGGACGAUUCGAAUUUGAAAGAAAAUGAAGAGCCUGAAGAAUUAGUAGAAGGAAAUUUCAAGAAAGAGGUAAGAAGAGGCAGGAUCGUCAGAAUAAGUACAAAAGAUACUAUUAAGCUCCAAACAACCGUGUCAAAGGAAGAGACUGAGAUUAAAGAAGAUAUGCAGCCAGAGCAGGAUGUCCAAGUGAUUAUUCCAGAUGAGAAAGUGUCCCUGCUACCUGGAGUGUCUUCAGAAGACCCCGAUUUCGUGCGCGAAAAAUCGCCCAGCCCGGCAAAAAAUGACCCGUCUCGAAUUCUUAGCGUUCGUAAUUUAGUAAGGCCAUUCACAUUGCGACAGUUGAGAGAGUUUUUGAGCAAAUCGGGAACAGUAAUCGAGGAUGGAUUUUGGAUCAAUCACAUUAAGUCGCAUUGUUAUGUGACGUAUGCCACAGAGGAGGAGGCCAUUGCAAGUCGUUCGGCCAUUCAUGGAACCAGGUGGCCAGCUGCCAACCCUAAAUUGCUAUCAGCUGAUUUUGCGUUGAACGAUGAGAUGUACAGAGAAACAGGAGGCAAACUCGGUAAUGCUCCAUCAUCGAAGAAAAUAGAAGAAAGAAAGCCGAGUAUAGAUGCAAGCGGUGAGCCGAGUAUAGAUGCAAGCGGAAAGCGUCUAUCAAGGGAGCUCAGCAGAGAUGAGGAAAGUAUAUCAAGAAAAAAUGAGAGACCACGUGACAAAGAAAGUAGAGCUGCUGAAGAUUCAGCAAAACCAAAAGAGAAGAAAGAGGCUGCUGGAAAGCUUUUAGAUGAUCUGUUUCGAAAAACGAAAGCAACUCCGUGUAUCUACUGGUUACCGUUAACGAAGGAACAGAUUGCUGUAAAAGAGAAAGAGCGGGAACAACGAAGAGAAGAAAGACAAAAAUUAAACGAAGAAGCAGAAGCACGUGGUGACAGAGAACGAGAGGAAAGACGACAAAAGCGACAAAUGGAGUUGGGAAACGAUGAUAGGGCGAGAGAAAGAAGGGAUCAGCGCAGUCCAAGAAGGUUCCAGAAUAAGCGCUUUGGAGGAGGCCCGUCAGCAAUUGGCAGACAAAGGUCACCGCGGAAUGAUCAGCGUGCGGGGCGUCAGUUACCAGCACAGUACCACAAAGCACCAGCUUUCUCAUCACCUUCAAGUAGUGAUGAAGACAAUCGGGGCAAAUUUUCAAUUCGAAGGUAGAUGGUUUAUGUAAAUAGAACUUCAUUUUAUUUUGUUCCCCGUGGACCUGUAAAGUCGAUCUUAAUUUCAUGUGACUUUUUGGAAAAGUAUUUUUAACUUGA